CAAGGGUAAAUAGAGCCCUCUCAGCGUUGGAAUCUGUAAAAAGUGCAAUUCUCGGUCCUCUUUUCUUUUUUUACUGUAUGUAAAUGAAUUACCAGCUUUAGCAAAGUCAUCCAUUCUACUCUUCGUUGAUGAUAUUAUGAUUUGGAGACCCACAAACAGUAUGUCAGAUAGAAUAGUAUUACAGGAUGAUCUCAACUCAUCGAUGGCAUGGAUGGACGGAUGGUCACUAGAAGUAAAUCCUAACAAGAGUGUGGUGAUACAAUUAAAUAACUAUGAUGAUUCAUAUCACUACACAAUAUUGGGAUUCGUGUUACCCAAAGCAGUUAUUUCAGUACUAGUGAUUGUAAGGCUGCCGCUGCAAAAGGCUAUAGUGUAUUAUGGGCUAUUCGUCGGUCUUUUCAGUAUUUGGAUGAAGAAAUGUUUAGAUUAUUAUACUCCACUUUCGUGCGACCGCAUUUGGAAUAUGGGAUUCAAGCAGCAAGUCCCUGUUUCAAGUACGAGGCGGAUAUGCUGGAACAAGUACAACGACGAGGUACUAAAGUGGUAAAAGGUCUAUCUGGCCUAUCUUAUGAAAACAGACUGAGACACCCCAACUUAUUUCCGUUAUCUUACUGCAGAAUACGGGGUGAUCUAAUAUUGGCUUAUCGUAUACCUGACGAUGACAUUGGUAUGAAUAUGUCUUAUCUUUUCCUUCCGUCUAGGACUGAUCAUUUGAGAGAACAUUCUAACAAAGGUCGAAAACCGUGAUCAAAUCGUCUACGUCUGGAGUUUCGUUUCUUGCACCGAGUAGUGAAUUACUGGAAUUGUCUACCAGAACAAGUAAUAUCAGCACCUUAUGUUGAUAUAUUCUAAACGAGAUUGAACCUUCACAGUAUUACAAACUGCAAGGAUUAAUCUGCCACAUUGCACGCUCCAUCGCUACCAAAGAUACCUUCAAAGAAGAGUCAACCCACCAAAGGCAUGACAUACUUAUGUUCGUCAUGUAAGGCUGACGUGUCUGUCUCAGAAAGAAUCAAUCAUGUCAGGAGCGACUGGCAUAUAUACAACCUAAAGCGUGUUGUUUCUGGUCUACUACCGAUAUCUGAAGAUGCGUUUGUACAUAAAAAACAAUUGAUUGCUGCAGAAGCACCUGUGGCUAUAGAGAAAACGUAUUGUGACGCCUGCAAGAAAUCCUUCGCAAAUAACAAAUCUUUUACUGCCCAUCUGAUUUCGAAGCGCCAUAUACAUAACAGCCAAUUGUUCAAAACGAAAACCACGCAGACAGUCAUCAGUUCUACUAAACCUGCAGCAGAAGACUGUUUGACAGAACCAUUACCACUUGGGUCAUGUUUGUUCUGUGACCGCUAUAUAUCACUGAAUUAUUUGCCAAAUGAGUCGCUUGAUAGCGCCAAACAAAGUGAUUUGGCCAAACGUGUCCUAAAUCACAUGUUCGAUGUGCACAAGUUUAGUGUUCCAUUUCCAGAAAGAUUAACCGAUCCUGCCGGGUUGUUAAUUGAAUUAGGACGUAUUGUGGGGGAGGAACGCUGUUGCUUGGCAUGUGGUCGUCAGUUUUACGGUAGUUGUGUGGAAGGAUCAGACAAUGCUCGGAUCUCCCUAUCUGCUGUCCGCAGUCAUAUGUUGGACAAACCUGGCCACAAACAAGUAUGGUUUGGAGUAGAAGACCCAGUCCAAGUGGCAUUAUUGGUAGCUAAGGCAGAAGAAGAGUCAAAUGACGAUUGCAAGAUCAAUUACCCUAAAGCUGCUCUUGCAGGUGGUGAGCUGUUUAGUCAGUUUUACGAUCAGUCAGUCGUUGCACCAUCUUUCAUACUUUCAGAUGAUGAAGACGUUUAUGAAGUACGGUUACCAUCUGGUACUGUUCUAGGUCAUCGGAAGAUGAGAACAAUUUAUAAACAACACUUAGCUGCUACAGAUGAAGCUAAAUUAUCGAACCGUGAUAAUGGACAGAAGACCGUUUCAAUACUACGUCCAGACUUCAAAGCCUUAAUACAGAAUAGAUCUAAUGCCGAUUGUGAGAGACGUUUAAACGAGCGAAGAAAGUACUGGGAUUUAGUAACUGGUGUUCAAGGUAAUUUCCACAAUCGCCUUCAUCUUCGUCGACAGUACUAAAUAUUUGAGGAUUUAGUAAAAUGUUAAAAAAUCUAUUUGUAUAAUGUAAUAUGGUUUUCGUUCUUUUCC